GACGGCGCCGGGGCCAUGGCGGCGGGGGCUGUGGCGCUGCUACUGUGCGGAGGCUGGAGGGCGUUGAGGGCACUGGACCAGCCCGCUGGCCUCCGAGCAGCUGCCGGGAUCGACCGAGGGCUGUUGGGGCCGCCGCUUCCAAGUUCUAUCUGUGCAUUGGAGAGAUUUAUGAAAGACUGUACUCUAUCUAAUGCUCCAAAGAAGCCCUUGACAUCAUACAUUCAAUUUGUAAUGGAUCGGCAACCCCAAUUUAAAGAACAAAAUCCAGAUUUGAAGAACACAGAAGUAAUUAGGAUGCUUGCUCAAGUCUGGAGAGAGCUUCCAGCAUCAGAGAAGAAAGUAUACCAGGCAGAUUUUAAAGUAUACUAAGAACAGGUCUCUAAAUAUAAAGCAGAGCUCAAUGUUGGUGAAAAAAGAAAUUUGAAAGAAGAGAAGUGGCGAAAAAAGGCUAGAAAAGAAAUAGUAAAAAAAAAAGAGACACAGGAAAUGAUGAAGAUUUUAAAUAAAGAGUGGAAAAAUCUGUCAUCAUCUCGAAAGCAGGUAUACAUGCAACUUGCUGAAGAUGAUAAAAUUCGUUAUACAAAUGAAAUUAAAUUGUGGGAAGAAAAAAUGAUUGAAAUUGGAUGGGAAGAUCUUUUACGCUUUAGGAAACUAAAAGACAAAAUUGGAAAAGGCCUUGAAGAUAUCUAUUGAUAUUUGUAUCUUCACAGUGAAUGUGAGAAAUAUUCAAGAAACCAAUCAGGUCUCUCACUAUGCAGAACUGUGGCAAAAUUUCUAAAAAUGAUGCUGAUGAACAUUUUAUAUUAAUACGUUUUUGUUAAAACAUGGACUUCAGCCAGUAUGCUGACAUUUUGCAUUAGCACCUAGUUGUGGAUACUCAACUGGUAUAUAUUCAGUCCAGAUUCAGAAAAAGUUUGGUUUUGGAACUACUGAAUACCAAAAAAAAGUCAUCAAGGUGUAAGAGGAAUUUAUUUAUCUUUUCUUAGAUAAGGAUAAAUCAAACUGUGAAAUAUUUUUGAUACUGGAUGACAACUCUGGAGAAAGUAUUUUUUGUUUCCUCAUGAGGAAACAAGCACUUGCUUUCCUCAGACUGUCUUAAAUUAUAAAAGCCACAGUGUUCUAAGCUAUCACUGUUGUGUAUUUUUAAAGAAUAAGGGAUUGACCUAGGUGAAUUUCAAUACCUAGGCAAGUUCUAGUUACUAGAUAAUAAUAGCUCAUAUAGUAUUCCAGGAUGAUGAGUAGAUGUACGUACAAUUGCUGAUUUCAUUUAUGGCUUUUUAAGAAACUACUGAAGGAUUUGUAAGGUUUUGCAUCCUUUUUUUUUUGUAAAGUAAAAAUUAUGUAUCCACUUAUCCACUGUGUACAUUGAGGUUUCU